AUGCUCCGUCGAUUCCUUCUCGCGCCACCUGCUCUUCGCACAGCACUCGUUCCCAUCCCGCCACGAGCCCUUCCACCUCUUGCCCGGCCCUACUCAGCAGCACCCAAUAUCGCGCAAACAUCAUUCUGGAUCAGCUUGAUCCCAAAGCCUUUCCGAAAGAGCUCUCCAACAGCCGCUCUCAAAAAGAAAGUAAAAUCGAAGGAAUGGAAUCCCGCGACCUUCUUUAUAGCCAUAUUCCUGCUCAUUGGAUCGAUGUCAAUCCAGAUGAUCGCAUUGCGCAAUGACUUUGCGGCGUUCAGUCGCAGGGCUGAUGCGCGGAUCGGAUUGUUAAAAGAGAUUAUUGAGAGGAUACAGAACGGGGAGGAUGUUGAUGUUGAGGGGUUACUGGGGACAGGUGAUGCUGUCAGGGAGAAGGAGUGGGAAGAAGUUUUACAAGAGAUUGAGAGGGAAGAUCAAGCUUGGGAGGAAUCAAGAAAAAGCAAACCAAAACACGGCCGAAACCUCGAGGAAGCGAAUACAGCGUCGAAACCACAAGUUCCAACGCCAAAAGAACCACCUGCCGAAAAGCCCAAGUCAAAUGCUCCAUCUGGAUUCUAUUAG